AUGGUUGACUUCAAUUUAACAAAACCGGUACACACAAUAUGGUGCCGGUUAAUGCUGCAGCGAUAUCUUGGGAAAUUUUUAGACAGAAACCUAGAACUUGAGCAAUUAUCGGUUGAUUUGGUUGGUGGAAAUGUGAGGAUCGAAGAUUUGUCGUUAAAUGUGAAUGCAAUUAAUGAGGUCUUCACAAAUAUCAAUUUGCCUUUAAAAUUGAUAGAUGGAUAUAUUGGAAUGAUUACAAUUGAUGUUCCGUGGACAUGUUUAAUGGCAAAAGCGACAAAAAUGAAAAUCACAGAUUUACAACUUACAUUUGAACCGUCAGGAAUCAUGAAAUUUGAUGACAGGGAUGCCAGUAAGUUUUUUUUUAAAUUAAUUUGAAAAAUUUUCGAUCUACAAACCUUUAUAUUUCCAGUCAAUUCAAUGGUUGGGAGCGUUGUGAAUAGUCUUGUCUCAUCCGGUGAAUUGGCAAAAAGUGUCAUAGAAGAAGCACAAAAAGAGCAUGAAGAUGUUGAAAGUUUGGAUUCGUUCGCAAAAGUCAUCGAUGCUAUUUAUUCGCGGUUUUGUGUUGAAUUCGAAAACACAACAAUUCGGUUUGAACAACAAUCGAAGACUGAAAUGAGCACUGCGUUGGAAGUGAGAUGUGAAACGUGAGUUUUAGGAGGAAUGGGAAUUUCAAAAGAAUAAAACACAUUCGGAAAUGAAAUUAAAAAAAAAAUAAAAGAGACAGAAAAAAUAGAAAAAUUACAAAAUGAUUCAUUUGACAAAAAAAAUGAAAUAAAACAGGAACGAAAUUUCAUAAUAUCAUGGGAUCUGUUUUGAAAGAGAGAGAGAGAGGAAUUUAAGAAAAUAGAGAAAAAAGAGUUUUGAAAUUAUAUAAUCCAGAUUUUUUCAGUAUCCGUUUCAUGGACGAGCAAAUGCGCGCCUGUCAACAAGAUCAACAAUCCGCCGAAAACAUCACCAGCCAACCACACGGAAUUGGUAACAUCACAAAUCUCAACAAAUUUGUCACCAUCGAUGGAUUAUCAUUCCACACUGAUGUUUUCUCGAACAUCUCAGAUGUUGCAGCUGGAAUCGAGGCAAAUGUUCUUAUUACGAGUAUGCAUAUUAGACGGGAAAAAAUGAAGCAGCAAUCUCCAACUCGAUCUCCACAACAUUCUCUUCAUCCGGAUAUGUAUGCAUCGGUUGCUAGUAAUAUGACUGCUUUUCAUUCCUGUUAUAACAGUUGUAAGUUUUUUUUCGGGAAAAAAUAUUCAAAUACAUAUUACAAAAAAAACUUUUCAGUAUCCCACGAGUCUGGAACAUUUUCACCGGAUCAUUUGGAGCCAGUGAAACCUGUGCCAACCGAACCUGAACUCUUUUCCGAUCCAAUCAAGUUUGCCGAAAUUGUUGGUCAAACAACAAUUGUUUUCCGAUUGAAAAACGCGGCUACAAAUACGGUUUAUGUAGAUAUUGAUGAAAACAAAAUCGAAACUGAUGUAUAUAUUAAAGGGAUCAAUGUUUUUGCGAGUCCCUCACAAAUUGCGAUUUUGAAACGAUUUGUCUCAUCUGUCGCACUACCGGCCACAAAAAUCGGAGAAGGCACUCAAAAACGAAUGGAUCCCGAAGAUUAUGAGGCAAUUGUUAAGAAGAUUGAGGAGACUAAUAGUGGACAAGCGAGAGGUGUUGGAAAUGGUGUUGGUGGAAUGAACGGUGGUGGAUGGUCAAAUGCCGAUGAUUUUAGAGAAUUUGAUAGUAUCAAUUUACACGAAAUUAAAGGACGAAGAAGUUGUGAAAGCAAAGAUUUCAACACAUUGAGUAAGUGAUUUUUCUUAUCUUCAAUUUAUCUACAAAGUUUUCCAUAAAAUUAAUCUAACAUUUUUCAGAAAAUACUACCACUGACAAAGAAGAAGUCAGAAUCAAAUCAACUGUUGGAACUUUGGUUAUGAUCAUAACACAUUGUGAUUAUUUAUCAACUGAUUAUGUCAAAGAAAAUGGUGGAUAUCACAAUGCGAUCUCAACACUUCAAAAAGAAUCAUCUUCAUAUUUCAAAAAAUCGAAAGAUUUGGUAUUUUCUGCUCAAACAAGUUUGGAAUCGAUACGUUCUAGAGUUGAUAAAUUGUAUAGUAAAGAUCAUUUGCAAAUUAUUGGAUCGGCUUUGUCAGUUUCAUAUGUUGCGAAAAGAAUUGCGAGUUCGGAAUCGAUGACAGCAAAGUUCUUAUUGACAAACUGUGAUGUUUUGGAAUAUUUGACAAAGGAAAGUGUGCCAAGUUCAUCGCAUCCAAUUCGAGUUCCACUUUUGGAUUAUUCCAACAUGGAAAAUGAAGAAAAUGAUCCGAAUCUCAAAUUAGUUGUGUCCACAUCUUCGGAAACAAAGGGAGAAAUGAAAGUUGAGGUUUUUGUCAGUGCUUGUAAAACAGAAUUGGAUUUUUCAAUGGUGGAUCGAAUUGCAAAUCUUUUGGUAACACAACCAUUCUUUGACGAGCAAGAUAUUGUGGAGAGAUCGGGAUCUAGAAAAGAUAUACCGCAAUUGAAGGAUGAUUUAUUCCCUACUGGUGUUCCUGAAGAAACUGAUUCUACAACAAGUGUUUCGCUGAUUUGUAAAAAUUGGUUUGUUGAUCUUCGAAUACCAAUUGCCGAUCUUCGCGAUCCAUCGGGCUCUCGACUUCCAUUUGCACAACGACAUAUUCAUGAUGAAUAUCUGAAAAUAUCGCUGAAAGAUGUGGAACUUCGACUGAAACAAGUGAAUUCGGGAGUCGAUAUUUCUUGCGCUGAAAUUUGUGCUGAUUUUUGUGGUAGCAAACUUGACAUUGCUCCUGAGCAGCAACGGAUUUUAUAUGGAACCAAGGAUGGUUUCCAAAGAGUCAAGAUUGAAGUGGAAAUCGAUCCCCGAACGAAGCGAAUUCCAAUUGUCACAAAAAUCAAUAUUCCAUACGAUAUGUCGAAAUCAUUCUCAAAUCCAAUGAUGUUUGAACAACCAAGAAAAAGAAGGACCUUUCUCGAAAAUUCCCAGAUCUUAUUGUGAUAGUGGAGAUCAAAAUGUAAGUGAUUUCAAAAUUUUUUUUGGUUCAAAAUAAUAUUUUUCCAGCUUUGUCAAUCUGGAACUCGCGCUGAAAUCUUAGAAUUUCAAAACGAAUGUCUUGAGUUCGCAGCAGUCAAACUGAUAUUCGAUGUUCCCUUACUGAAGUUGCAUUUCCCGGAGAAGAAGAAUCUUGAGAUUCUUUAUAAUCGAUUGAUCAAUGAUUUGGCAUUGUUCCAACCAGCUCAUCCAGCUCUGCGAGAAGGAGAAGGAAGUCUGAAUAUAAAUGCAAUUGAUGCUUUUCAUGAAUGUUCAACACCCAAAAAAGGUAAGGGAUUUUUCUUGGGAUGCAAAAAAAAGCUCUCGCGAAUUUAUCGAACAAAUCUUUUUUGCAGACAGUGAUGGAUCAGAUUAUGAAUUAGAAGAUGAGAUUCCAAUGCCACAACAAGUAAAAGUCACAUCAUCUCUAGACGCCGAAGACUUCGAUAGAACAAUUCCUCAUACUUUUGUUUUUUCAUUGAACAUUAAAAAAGGCAAAGUUCUUUGCAAUACUGAAGUCAAGGAGAACAAUAUCAAAAAGUGUGAUGGACAAGUUGCAAUGGAACUUGACGGUGUUCACCUUGGAACAACAGUUGGUUAUCACGGUGAUGUGAAUCACACGUUUUUCCAUAUCACUUCGUCGAAAACAUCUAUCGGAAGUUCAGGUAAGUUCAAAAAUUUAAAAUUUUUGAAUCAAAGAUAAUUUCUAGCUGAUCCAAAUGUGGUUUUCCAAAAGAAGAUUGAAUCAAAAGAGUUUGGAAAAUGGGGAAAAACCGAAGGCCAAUUCAAAUAUGUUGCAAAAGAUGAUGAAUUGAGCACUGGAACUGAUGAUGAUUCAUUGGCUGUUGGACUUCAUAUGCAUUUCCGACCAGAAGAUAAUAUAAAAGAUGUUCUUCUUUGUAUAGCUCUUCGAAAUUCGGAACUGCAAGCAAGACCUGUUGCAGAUCUUGGAUUAUUCUGGGCUACCCAGAUUGCGGAACUAUUCACACUUCAGGAUUACGCGAUUCCGGGGUAUGAGUUACCGCAAGUGACGACUGAUUUACAUAUCACUUUGGAGAAUAUGAUUGGCAAUUAUGAUCAUUCUUGGAUCAAUCCAAAAAGCAAUAUUAAAUUACGGGCGCUGUUUGGAGCAUGCAAUUUGAGCAGCUCGUUGCUCACUGAUUUGAACAUCUCGAAAACACUUUGUAUCAUUGAGAAAACGUGUAUUUAUAUGAGUAAUGAUGAACUUGGCAGUGUUGUCACUUUUGAGAGCAAUAAUUCGAACAAGAAGUCGCUCAUUCCGAUUUUAGAUAUUGGAUUAGUUCAAUUUGAUGUAAGUUUUUAUUAAAACUCGAUUUUGAUUCUGAUUCAACAGUUUUUUUGCAGAUUUUGUUGGCUGUUACACCUGACAACAUAACUCCGGCAUUUGAAAUCAAGUGCAAAAAUGAUAUAAUUCAGUUAUGGUCAUGCUCCGAUUCUCUUUCAACCCUUGUAAAUGUGAUUGUUGAAAUCACGCAAUCUGAAAAACUGAAAUCAAAAGCUGACGAGAAAGAAGAAGAGCAAAAUGAUGAUUCAAAAAGUGUUGCGUGCGAAUCAACGUGGAGCGCAACAUCAUCAAGACAUACACAAAAAAUGAGCGUCAAUUCGAGUUUACCAGCAGACAUCGAGCUACGGAUACAGCAAGCCAUUGAGGAUGCGACACGGGAAGAAGAUCAAAUCGGAAUACCUGUUGGCCAGGAUGCUCUUGCCGAUUUUCGAACUUGUCCGCCUGCUGAAAAAUCGGAUGAUACUCCAAAUAAUUCGUGGAAUAACACACAAUUUAGCAAUGAUGAUGAGUUUUGUAUGGUUGAUGAGGAUAUUUUAGGAUCCGGAAUUACUGUAAGUCUAUUUUGAAUGGUUCAAAAAAAGUUAUCAUUAUUUAAUUUUCAGUAUGCUGCUGGCGAAGCUCGAGUUCGCUUCUGUGGAAAAGGCGGUGAAAGUGAUGAAAACCAGAUCGUUCUCGAAUCUGAUCAUUUUUCACAACCCGAUGAAUGGAGAGCUGAUGGAAUUCCACAAAUCAAGAAGAGUCAACUCAAACCUCUCAUAAGAUAUCUCUUCAAAGAUUUGACUAUCAAAAUUCACCUAUUUGCUGGAAAUGAUUUAUCAUUAUAUGCAAGUCCCGCCAAAACCUAUAGCACCGAUGAAUAUCGGCACGGAAAAAGGAAAAGAGCAAACGAUUGCGAAAAAUGCUCACGGCGGACCACAUCGUGAUCAUUCCGCAUCGAUUUCACUUGAAUUUAACAAAAUCACAUUUAUGCGUCAAAUAUUCGACAAAUCGGCUAAACAAUUAACUAGUACAUUAUUCUCAAUCGGUGAUGUUGUGAUAAAAGAUCGGGUAGUCGCCAGUAAUAUCAAAGAUAUGUUAUAUCAAUAUUCAUGUUCUGAUCAACCACGUCGUACAAAUGCGCCAUUGAUUAGUAUUCGUAUUUCGGAAACACAAAGUCGCGAGGGUAAAAUGCGCAUUUCAAUGCUACCAAUCAAGAUCAAUGUGGAUCAAGAUACUUUGGAAUUUAUGACCGAUUUCUUUGAAGACACAUUCAAAGCAUUGAAACUUCCAGAAGGUAAGUGAAACAAAUGAUUUGAUGUGUACAAUAAGUUAUAAUUUCAGUAAAUACUAAUUCGCUUGCUUAUAACCGGCCAACAAUCGAAGUUCCGGUUGAUAUUUGUUCAAUGCCAUCAAAAUCGUCAAGCGGCUCAUUGAAUCAGGCCUCCUCAAAAUUAUAUCCAAAUCUCCAACGUCCCUCAUUAAAUAUGGAACCAUUGACACCGUCGCCAGUCACGCCAUCACCGUUGGGUGAUCUAUCGUAUUUUGAAACUUGUCAACAACAAGAAUCGCCAGUAAAACGUCCAAUUAUUGAUGCGCCUUUAACCGCUUCCGCUGUUUCAAUUGGUAAUCUUUUGUUCAUUUUUCAUUUCAUUCUAAUUCUCUCUAAAAAAAUUAUCUUAUGAUCAUAUAUAUUUUUUUAGGAAACAUGUUCUCUUCUCCAAGGCAAUCUAGAUUAUCGAAUGAGGAAGAUCUCGCAAAUAUCAGUUUUGAAUUGAAUGAUUCAGAUGAUAUGACUGGAGAUUGGCACGAUGAAUGUAAUAGCCAGUAAGUUUUUUUUCUGGUCGUUCUUUUUUCAUUAAAAAAACUUUUGUUUUUCCAGUUUCCAAUAUCCAACAACUGCUGAUGAUAUUUUGAGUAAAUCUACGAUGAUGGGAUCAAUUCAUCCAGCAAUGGUUGAUAAUCUUGUUGAUACAAGUGAUGAUAACGAAGAUCACGGCAACUUUUUGGAUGGUCUUGAUGACGAUGAAAAUGUGGAGGAGAAAGAUUCAGAGACUUCAACAAUUCGAAGAUCAAACAGUCAAACAAGUGUUCGUCAAGACGAAUAUUGUGAUCGUGACACGUUUUUCAAAGAAUUCAUAUUCUCACCAUCGGUCAACAUUUAUGUUGAUUAUCAAGGAAAACGAAAGAUUAGCACAGAGAAGGGUGGAGCGUUGGUUGGAUUGUUGAUGGCGUUUGGGCAAUUGAAUCAAAUGCCAAUUGUUUUGCGCGAAAUUGAAAAUCGAAAUGGAAUGCUAGGAAUUGGACGAUGCUUUAAUGUAAGUUACUCACUCAUUUACGAUCAGAGACAAAUUAUAUUAAUCAUAAUAUUUUGAAUAUUUCAGUACGCUGUCAAUGAAUGGUCUGGCGAUAUGUUAACCAAUAUGCCGAGUGUUCUCGCCAGUUGUGGACCAAUCAGUCCACUUGUUCAAAUUGGUAAAGGAUUCUGGGAUUUGUUCUGGAUGCCGGUUGAAGAAAUGCGAAAAGAUGAUGGUCGAGUUGUGAAGGGAAUUCAAAAAGGUGUUGGAUCGUUUGGUGUUUCAUCGGCUGCCGGAAUUGUUGGAAUGGCACAAACUGUCACUGGAUUUGUGCAAAGUUUUGCGGAACUGACGAUGAGAGAAAUGCGGCCAUAUGAUAUGCAUUUGAAGAAACGACCGAGGAAGUCGAGUCGAACACAAAGUUCAAAUCCGACUGAUGUUCGACACGGUCUUCAAUUGGCUUAUACAACACUAGUUGACGUAAGUUUUUUUUAAAUUCCACUUUUAAAAUAUUCAAAAAUCGUUUUUUUUUUCAGGGUUAUCGUCAAACACGUGAUGAUCUCGAAUUGGCAGCUCAAGAAGAUCGAGCAUCUGGAAAUUCGGUAGUUCGAAGUGCUUGUCGAUAUGCAGUUCCAGCAUUUUUAAGCCCAAUCGUUAUGGCAAGUCAAGUGACUUAUCAAUUGCUUGGCGGACUUCGUAACCAACUUCGGCCCGAUGUUUAUCGAGAUGAACGGCGAAAAUGGGGAGAAGAUAAUGUCCCAGGAGGAAUUGGACGCGAUUGA